AUUUUUAAUAGGCCAUUGAUUGUAUAUAAUAAAAAUUUGCAGUAUUUCUUUUUUAAAUAAAUAAAUAAAGCCAAAAAUUUGAAGCCAUGUCGGUAAAGGAGAUUCUCAAAGAGGGUCCAACACUAAUGAGUCAUAUAUGCGAGCUAAACAUCAAGAGUCAGGCCUCCCAUAGACGUCUCAUCUCGCUGAUUGCUACGAUAUCGAAAACAUCUCGAAAUCCUGAAACCAUUUACAAGAUGAUACUGAAAGGUGUGAGUGUGUUUCGCAUGAAUUUCUCGCACGAGUCCCAUGAAGCGCAUGCACUGACCAUUGAACUGAUAAAUGGGGCGUUGGAGCGGAUUAAGAAGGAGACAGGGCAGACACUGGCAGUAGCAUUUGCUGUGGACACGCGUGGCCCACUAAUACGCACAGGUCUGCUGGAGGGGGCCGCUGAGGUGCAGAUGAGGCAAGGGGACAACAUACGGCUGUCCAUCAAUCGGGAUUUGUACGACAAAGGCAACAAGGAUGCCAUUUAUGUGGACUAUCCGAAUAUUAUAAAUUUGACCAAAUCGGGUGAUCGUGUUUUCAUAGACGAUGGGAAAAUCUUCCUCAUCAUCACCGAAGUGGGCGUGGAUGGGCUCAUGUGCGAGGUGGUGCAGGGCGGUAUGCUGGGCAACAAUUGCAACGUCAUACUGCCAGAGGUUGAGAUCGAUUUGCCCUCUGUAUCGGAGAAGGAUAUGUAUGAUUUGCAGUUCAGCAUGCAGGCGAAUGUGGACUUUGUAUUUGCCUCGGCAGUGCGCAGUGCCAAGAACAUUAAGGAACUGCGUGCAGUGCUUGGGGAGAAGGGCAAGCACAUCAAGAUCAUUGCCAAGGUGGACAGCAAGAUUGCGCUCAGUCGUGUCACGGAAAUUAUGCGAGAGUCCGAUGGCUUGCUGAUUUCCCGAGCCGAUCUGGGCACCCAAAUACCCGUCGAAAAGUUAUUCAUUACCCAAAAGUCGGUUAUCAGUCAAUGCAACAAGGUGGGCAAGCCCGUAAUUAUUGCCUCCCAUGUGCUGGAAUCAAUGCGGCAGCAUCCCUUUCCCACUCGCUCCGAAUGCUUCGAUUUGGCCAAUGCGGUCAUCGAUGGCGCCGACGCCAUUAUGCUGUCCUCUGAGGUGGCCAUCGGGCUGUAUCCGAACGAGACGAUCAACGUUUGUGACGCCCUCUGCCGUGAGGCUGAGAAGGUGAUCUGGUAUCGUGAUCUCUUCAACGAUUUAGUGAGCGAGACGCGCGGAGAGCUGGACGCGGCCCAUUCGAUGGCCAUUGCCGCUGUGGAGACAGCUAAACGUACCAAUGCCACUCUUAUUAUUGUGCUGACCACAUCCGGACGAUCCUCGGCCCUCGUUAGCAAAUUUCGUCCUCGUUGUCCCAUCAUGGCAGUGACGCGGUGUGAGCGAGCCGCUCGCUGGGUUAAUCUCCAUAGGGGCGUCGUACCUGUAUUAUAUACAGGAAAUCCAGAUGAAGACUAUGUCACCGAUGUCGAUAUGCGUGUAAGAUUCGCUUUGACCACGGCCAAGAAGAAUGAUUUGAUAAACGACGGGGAUCCCGUUGUCAUUGUGAGUUCGUGGAAGGAGGGCGGUGGCUUUACGAAUACCAUUCGGGUUAUCUACGCCUUCUUUGAGGCGGACCGUGUCGAUUGCCUGUUUCGUGCUGAUCGACGCUCUUCACGUAAAAACACAAACCUGCAGAACAUAGUGACGCAAGAGGAUCCGACAUCAGAGAAAAAGGUGUCUCGCAUCACUCGAGCGUCAAACUAAGCAACCGUAUAUUUUGGAUGCCUGUGGUGCAGCGGGGCGGCACAUUGGCGGUGCAGAUGCGACCGGCGCUGUCGAAGAAAGUGUUGUAGGGACAGUAAUAGACGAUGCCGUUCCAAACACCGUUGCGUAUAUAACAGCUUAUGUACCUAUAGUGUAUUGAGAAUUUGUUAGUUUCGAAUAAAUGUGAGCUGAUGACAUAGUUUGAUAACUUA